AGUUCUAACUCUGUCCUAAAGACAUGUCUGGUUCCCCUUCAGCCGUUCUCAUCCUUAGAACUGCCUUAUCUCCGCCGUCUCGUUCAACUCGUUCAAAGGCCUCCUCCGCAUCUGCAAAAUCUUAUCACCUUUGCAAACCCUAUCCCAACUAAACUCCAUUUGUGAACGUGGUGCGGUGGAUUUUUCUAUUCAUUUUCCAUGGAAGUUCUGCUCAUUGAUCUGGUAUUAUUGCUGGUGGGUGUUAAUAGAGAGUUGUGCCUAGGGGGUGCAUGGAACUAUGGAAGAGGAUAUUCAAAUAGGAACCUUUUUCUGAAAUUUUCAAUAUAUGUAAAUAUUCUAAUUAGAAUAUUUGCACCCAACAAUCCAGGGGUAGCAGCGCCUUGGUCGAGGAAAUUGACUUUGUUGGAGGCCGAAUUAAUGGGUAUUAGGCAGGCACUUAGUUGGCUAAAAUCAAACGAGCGGGAUUUCGUAGACGUUGAAUCUGAUUCUUUGUGGGCUGUUUUAGAGAUCCAAGCAGGAGGAAGCUUGUCUGCGGCGGGCUCUAAUUUUACAAGCAUUUCUUUAGCUCAUGUUUGACGAUCAGCAAACAAGGCAACCCAUGAAUUUGCCAAGAUUGCGGUUUCUUUGUCUUUUGUCAAGAAUGGUUUUUUUAUUUCCCUUUUUUUUGUUGCUCAAGUUGUAAACUGUGAUCUUAUUAAUACUACGUACAAGUUAAGUUUGUUCUCUUCAAAAAAUAAUACGAUAGUAUAUACUCCGUACAACUCAGUACAUUAAUUUAUGAUAUUAGAUAGUAUUACAUUAGUCAAUACUAAUGCUAACUAAUACUUC